UUGUUCAGCUGACAUUAAGUGAAAUGCCUUUCUCUACACUUGAAUGUCUGGUGGACACUGGAGCUGCCCGAUCAGUUUUAAAGAAAUCUGAAGCCCCAAAUUUAAAAAUAACAGGUGAGUUGAAUGGUAUUGGGUUAGAGGGGACCUCGGUACCCCUAGAGGAAACAGUGGAGACAGAGGUUUUUGUGGGACCACUUAAGACCUCUCUCUCUUUUGUCCUCAGUGAUUCUGUUCCAUGUAAUCUGCUUGGCAAAGAUGCUUUAAUGAAAUUAAGGGCUAACAUCCUGUACACAAAGGAUGGCCCAAUUGUUACUGCAAACAGUAGUUCAGAGGAUGUUAAUUUAUUUGAAAGUAUUAUUCCUCUGAUGGCCACCAGGGUCCAUGGAAACUUGGAAAUACCCCCCGAUUUGGAGGGGCUUCCCAGUUCCCUAUGGGCAACAAAGGGUGGAACUACAGGGUUAAUACAUAGGGCAGACCCUGUCACUGUGCAGAUAAGGCCGGGGGCCAAAUUGCCCCGAGUGCCCCAAUAUCCUUUAAGCCAGAAGCAGAUUAAUGGAAUAAGACCACAAAUUACUUCCUUGUUGCAGCAAGGCAUUCUAAUACCAGUCAAGUCACCCGUAAAUACUCCCUUAUAUCCUGUCGCUAAGCCUGGUAAACAAGGUGAGUACCGGCUAGUGCAAGAUCUACGGGCAGUAAAUAAGAUAAUUUUAGAGAACACACCAAUUGUGCCCAACCCACAUACAAUAUUAGGGAAUAUUCCACCUGAGGCUUCGUGGUUUUCAGUUUUUGAUUUAGUAGAUGCAUACUUUUGUGUUGCAAUUAAUGCUGACUGUCAAUACCUGUUUGCAUUUACCUAUGAAGGUGAGCAAUAUACUUGGGGGCGUCUCCCUCAGGGGAUGGUAUCCUCACCCUCAGAGUUUGGACAGGUGAUGAAACAGGUGUUGGACAGGUGGCAGCCUAUACAGGGAACUACUGUGGUACAAUAUGUAGAUGACUUGCUGCUUACAGCAAUCUCAAAGGACUUGUGCAGAGAGGCUUCCAUUUCUCUGUUACAACACCUACAUGAGGAAGGAUGUAAAAUAUCACCUUCCAAGUUGCAGUACUGUCAACAGAAAGUCAUCUUUUUGGGACAUUGUAUCUCACGAGGUACAAAACACAUUACCACAGAUAGGAUAUUAAUUAUACAGAAAGCAUCUUAUCCACAAAGUGCUAAACAAGUCAGAGCAUUCCUUGGUUUAGUUGGGUAUUGUAGGCAGUGGAUUCCUAAUAUGUCACAAUUAGCCACUCCCUUAUAUGCUUUAACCUCACAGGCAGGACAUAUCAUCCUCACUGAGGAACAAAAAUCCUCAGUAGACCAGUUGAAGUUGGCAGUUCUAAGGGCCCCCUCCCUUGCACUUCCAAAUUACAAAAAACCAUUCUUUUUGUUUUGUCAUGAGCAGGGAGGGCAAGCCUCAGGAGUACUGACACAGAAGGCUGGAGAUAAGCAGAAGCCUGUGGGAUAUUUCAGCUGCAAGUUAGAUGCUGUUAUCAGCGCUGCAGCAGGGUGUGUGAGAGCAGUGGCAGCAGCAGCUAUGCUUGUAGAGAAAACUGCAGACAUAGUACUGGGCAGUAAACUUUUUGUGAUGGUUCCACACGCAGUACAUACUGUACUGCAGAGCCUCACAACAAAACACCUCUCGGCAGCCAGGCUCACUAAAUAUGAGGUUGGACUAUUAGUCCCAGCUAACAUCACUCUUCUCAGGUGCAAUGUAUUGAACCCAGCAACUCUGCUUCCUACGGAGCACCAAGGGGAAAGUGAAAAUGAUCUUGAGCAUGACUGCCAACAGGUGAUGGAACAAUUUUAUUCUCCUCCUAAUCCAGUACAGGAUGAACCAAUACCAAAUGCUGAUCUUGUUCUCUUUGUAGAUGGUUCAAGAUUGCAACAUCCAGAGGGAGGGUUUGGUGCAGGGUUUGCUGUGGUCAGUGGCUCAGAGGUAUUAUACUCAGAGUCUCUUGACCCCAGUCAACACUCAGCCCAAAGUGCCGAGCUGCUUGCUCUCAUAAAGGCCUGUGAGUUAGCAAAAGGUCAAACAGCAAAUAUUUACACUGAUUCAAGGUAUGCCUAUGGAGUUAUUCAUGAUUUUGCCCAACUGUGGAAACACAGGAAUUUCCUUACUUCUAGUGGAAAGAUGAUAAAACAUGCCACUUUAAUUAAGGAAUUGCUAGAAAAGGUGCAACUCCCUAGGGAUGUAGCUGUAAUCAAGUGUCAGGCACAUCAAAAGAUAAAAGAUGAUAUAACUGCAGGUAAUGAUAGGGCAGAUAAAGCCGCCAAAAAGGCUGCUUUUAUGGUACUAACAGUAAUACCAGCAGAUGAGUUACCUACAUCAGUUACCUUAGACAUCCUUAAGAACCUGCAAAAGCAGGCUGGUACACAAAUCCAUACUAAGUGGAUUAAUAAGGGGUGUAAGGUAGAGAAUGAUAUUUGGAAACAUGAGGAUGGUCGUUUGUGUGCACCUCCCGUUUUAUUUCCUUUGUUAGCAAAUAUCACGCACUUCCCAUCUCAUGUUUCCAAAGGGGGAAUGAUAUCCAUGGUAAACAAACUUUGGUUUGCUCCUGGAUUUGCACAACACGCUACAGAUUUCUGUAAGAAAUGUAUGAUCUGUGCUAAACACAACACGGGUAAAACAGAAAAGACACCUUUAAAACAUUUGGUUAAACCAUUUUAUCCAUUUCAGAGGUUACAGAUUGAUUAUAUUCAGUUACCUAAAUGUAACACCUAUGAAUAUGUAUUGGUUUGCAUAGAUAUGUUUUCAGGGUGGAUCGAGGCGUGGCCAGUAACAAAAGCCACAGCACUAAUAACAGCUAAGAAAUUGAUAACUGAGAUUGUCUGUCGCUAUGGGCUCCCAGAGACUAUUGAAUCUGACAGAGGUACACAUUUUACAGGGCAAGUAUUUGCAGAAAUGCUAAAGGGGUUACAAAUACACCAACACCUACACACCCCAUAUAGACCUGAGGCUUCAGGUCGGGUGGAGAGAGCUAACGGUACCCUAAAAACAAAAUUAGGUAAACUUUGUGAACAGACAAAGUUAACUUGGGUACAAGCUUUGCCCCUUGCACUGUCAUCUAUGAGACACACUCCUAGGGGUCCCCAUCAGUUAUCUCCUUUUGAGGUACUUUUUGGCAGAUCACCAAAUACCGGAUUAUUUUUCCCACAGGAAUUGCAGGGAGAACAUGCUUCCCUAACUGACUAUGUUAAGCAAUUGCAUAAGCAGCUAACUAACCUGCAUGGAAAAGUAUUCUCUUCUUUACCAGAUCCAGAGACUGUAUUUGGAACUCACUCACUUCAACCAGGAGAUUGGGUGGUGAUAAAGAGAUUCGUGAGGCGACACCUUGAGCCUAGGUACGACGGACCAUAUCAGGUUCUACUCACUACUGCCACCUCAAUUAAAGUAGAAGGAAAGCCAAAUUGGAUUCACGCCUCACACUGUAAGAAGGUAUUUCCCCCAUCAAGUCCUGCUGAGAGCCAGAGUAGAGUGCUAUCUCCAGUGACAGAGUCCGAAUCUGUCCCUGCACUCUCACCCCCUCUAACGAGAUCAAAGACCAGAGCACAUCAACAGAAAGACAACUAAGGAUCCAGACCUUCCGGAAUCAAGAGGAUAAAAGGCAUCUUUAAAGAAAGUCAGACGAGAGUGGUAACAAUAAUCCCACUAGUCUGUUAACCAACGGUUCCAGUUUAAGGUUUUGACACCAAGUGGUGGGCCUACUCUGGACGAAGAGGAUUAUAUCAUCAUCAAGAAGAAGGGACUUUGACAAAACAAUGACUCAGUAUUUGAUGCUCUGGGUAAAGGUUCUUGUCUUUGUUGCACUAUACUUUACUCCAGUAAAGGGGGGUUGGCAAACAAAUUCUAUAUGGCUUUUACACCAGCAGGCUGCAAAGCAGUUAAAUACUACUGACUGCUGGAUAUGUUCACACGUUCCAGUUAAUCAUAAGGGGAUACCUUUAGUAGGGAUACCUAUCUCUAUGAAUGAUCUUAAUCUUACAGAUUAUAGCUAUGAAGUCGCAAUAGAUACAAACCAUACGUAUCAAAAUGCAAUUAAUGAUCAGGGAACAUAUUUAGAGAUAACAGGAUUACUAGAUACACCCACUAUAUGUGUAGGACCCAUGUUUGUUAAUCACACCAUUAAAAUGAAAGAUCACGUAGUAAAUAUACCUACGAUUCAUGUAGGAAACACAGAUUGUGAAAAUGCCACUUUGAAAUUCUACAUGGAUUAUAUGGGAAAGAAAUGUGAUAAGAUGCAGGGUAAUUGUAAUGAUUUUUGUUGGUGUGGGAGAAUGAAUGCUUCUUGUGCCCCCAGGUGUUCUUGCCCUAAUCAAGAUAUAGAUGGAAUUGUAAAUUGUGAGUCUAAGGUGACAGAUAAUAUGAGAUGGUUUCAGACUUGGCUGGGGUAUCACGGUACAAUCCUUCCUAGGGUACUCAGACAAGGACUAUACUAUAUUUGUGGAAACAGAGCUUAUUCAUGGCUCCCUAUGGGAGCAUGGGGAAAUUGCACCAUAGGAAGAGUUGUACCUGCCAUUAGACAACGUCUGAACGUCUCAUAUAUAGACAAUCAAGGUAUCCAUUCCAGGGUAAAUAAACAAAAAAGGGAAUUAUUCUCCAACUCAGAUAAGGCAUGGAUGUGGUUCCCUGCCUGGACAGGAUGGGGAAUAGAAUUAGCCAAUAGAUUAAAUAAGUAUGCUAGUAUAAUGGAUGGUAUCAUAAAUGAAACUACAAGUUCCAUACACAUAAUAAAUGAGGAACUAGCACAAGUUAGAAAGGUGACUUUACAGAAUAGAAUGGCUUUAGAUUACCUACUAGCAGUCGAGGGUGGGGUUUGUGCAAUCAUAGGUAAAGAGUGUUGUACCUGGAUUGAAGAUUCGCAUGACCCAAUUGAGGCCCACAUGCAUAAGGUAAAGGAAUUACAGCAGAAAGCUAGAGAUAUCUCCAAAGAAGGAUGGAAUCCUUUCUCUUGGAUGGGAAAUAUAGGAACUUGGCUAUCUAGUUUUUUUAAAACUUUUAUGGCACCCGUAGUUUGUGUGAUUAUAAUAUGUUUGAUGUUGUAUGUAGUAGUAAGGUUGAUAAUGUGUUGCAGCAAAAACAGUAUCAGGGGAUAAUAGACGACUUACAAAGGGAGGAGGUCUGUCUAUUGGGCCCCUGAAUAAGAAAUAUACAUUCUUCUUCUAGUCAGCGGCCCUCUGUGCUUUGGCCAACUUUAUCCACAGAAGGAUCCCAUUCCUGUUUGAGUAGGAUAAGGAAGAGACUGCUGAUUUGGAUGGGAACCCAGAUAGGCAACUCUGUACUGCCACUGAACCUGCCAUUAAGAAGUAGGUGGUGGAGGAGAGGUCUGGGUAAGAAGAGUGUAUAUAUAUAUAUGUCCAGGUAUGAACAACAGGGAGGAAUGUCAGAGAAAAAAGGAACCAUCUUGUUUUCUGUACUCCAUCUUGUUCAUAUCAAUUAAUUUAGGAGUGUUUUAAAUAUGUUUAAAAGUGUUGUUCUGUUAAAACUGUGAAUUGCUGAUUUUGCAUAAUGGAGGGGCCUCCAACUAAAAUAGCCCACUCCACACUUUGUACAUGCGUCAGAGAGGAGCCUUAGUUCUAUUGGCUAUAGGGCUCCUCCACCUUUCGUCUGUGUUCAAGAGAUAACAAAGUAUUGUGUAACUUUAACCGUAUAAAUGAUGGUAGUUAAAUGCUUAAACUUUGAGUAGCAUGUUGUAGGGACAACGUCAAUGCGUCUGUCUGUCUACUCCUUUCACGUGAAAUAAACCACUUCAAUCAAA